AUGUCGUCUCACCACAUCUGUGCACCUUCGGCACGAGACAUCCUCCGCUACCGCUCGCAUCAUGGUGUGAAUCUAGGAGGUAUAUUUGUGCUGGAGAAGUGGCUCUACCCGAGUAUGUUCGACUCUUCUGUUGCCGGGAGUAGUGAGCAUGACGCUGUUAUCUCCUCUAUCAACAAUGUUGGCCUCGAAGCAACUCGGGAGAAAUGGCAAGCUCAUUGGUCGAAUGCGCUGACCGAAGCGGACCUGCAUUAUCUCACCACUAUCGCGCACUGUACGACCAUCCGCCUCCCAAUCGGCUACUUCACCCUUGGCCCCGAUUUCACUCAGCACACCCCCUUUGCUAUGUCUCCUUCCCAGGUAUAUACAAAUGCCUGGUCGGCCGUUGUCAAUAUGGUUCGUCGAUGCCACGCCCAUGGCGUAGGAGUCCUCCUUGACCUUCACGCCUGUCCAGGUGGCGCAAAUGCAGAAAUUCAUUCCGGGAUCAGCACACGCAAGGCAGAACUCUGGGAGACUGACUCUAACCUCUCCCUUACGAAACAGUGUCUCUGCUUCAUCGCAGCGGAAGUUAAGAAUCGUGGAUUAGAAGGCGUGGUGGGCCUCCAACUCUGCAACGAGGCCAUUUCGAAUGCGUCAGGUAUGUACAGUUGGUACGACUCUGUCAUUGCGUCUAUUGCCCAAAUCGAUAGCACAAUACCCAUCUACAUCAGCGAUGCUUGGGACAUCCCUCGCGCUGUAGAAUACUCGGUGCGCAUGAAUACCACCGCUAUUUCCGCCGUCAAGUCCCCCAUCAACCCAGUCAUCAUAGACACCCACCGCUAUUAUACCUUUUCCGCCGAGGACGCCGGCAAAUUUCCCCUCCAGAUCAUCGACCAGAUCUCCUCCACUGAACUCUCUGAGCUGGACACUCCAAAGUCAGGCCGCGUCUUCGAGCAGCGUGGCGCGGUAGGCGUCUUUGUUGGGGAAUGGAGUUGUGCGCUCGCGCCCACUACCUGGGCCCAGGUGACGCCUUCGCAGCGCAAGGACUUCACCAAAGAGUUAGGCAAGGUGCAAGCGGAACGAUGGCGCAGUCAAGGCCCUGCUGUCGGAGGAGGGGCUUUCUGGACCUACAAUACGAACUGGUGCAGUGGCAAAGCAUGCAAGGGGCGGGAGGAGUGGAGCUUCCGGAUGCAAGUCGACACGGGUGCGAUUCGUGCACCGUCUUGGUUGAGUCUGACGCGGGGAGAAGUAUGGCGGAAAGUGAAAGAGGCUGAGAAAUCGAGGAGUCGAUCGAUGGUGAAGGCGAUGGAGGAGCAUGAAGCAUAUUGGGACGGGACGAGUGGGAAGGCUGCCUACUUCGAACAUUGGCGCUAUGGUGAUGGUUGGCAUCUGGGGUGGUGUGAUGCGAGAGAUUUCUUUGCCGGCAGGGCCAAUGGGUUGGUCGCCACGGCUGAGAAAGCCGUUGUCGUCGGAUGUCGGUUUGGUGGCAAGGCAAAGAAAGAUGAUGCCGUGGUGGUCGGGGCGGAUCGGAUUGGGUUUCUGGAUCUGUGGGUCCUGAAGCGGAUGAGGGACGAGGGCCCUGGUGGCGUUGGUGACAGGGAUCGAGACGGCUGCCAGUUUGGCUGGGAAUGGGAACAUGGGUUUCGGAAGGGAGUGCAGGACUUUGAGCGCGCGGUCGGGGUUGAGGAGAAAUGA